CUUCCUUUUUCUGACCCUAUAAAUAUUUCCCCCCCGAUUUCCCGUCGCAAUUCCACCAGCGAAGGAAGGGGAGAGAGGAGCAAGAUAGCCGAGGGCAAUCAAGCAAGGGAUCGGGCCUCCGCAAUCGAAACCAUGUCAUACUCGAGAAGGUCAUCAAGAUACAGAUCUCCUUCGUGCUCGCCGUACAGACGAAACAGAUCCUUUUCAAGGUCUAGGGGCCGCUCAAGGAGCCAAGAUUCAAGUGAUGUGGAGAAUCCUGGAAACAACUUGUAUGUAACCGGCUUGUCGUCUAGGAUAACAAAGAGUGAGCUUGAGAAGCAUUUUGCAAGCGAAGGGAAGGUUUCUGAUGUCCACCUUGUAGCGGACCCUUGGACAAGAGAAUCCCGUGGGUUUGGAUUUGUGACAAUGGACACUCUGGAGGAUGCAGAUCGUUGCAUUAAAUAUCUAGAUGGAUCUAUAUUGGAAGGCCGAGUCAUUACUGUUGAAAAGGCUAGAAGACGGUGUGGACGAACUCCAACUCCAGGCCGGUACCUGGGCGCAAGAACUGGUCGACACCGUUCUCGGAGCUAUUCUCCCUACUACAGGGGUCGAUAUAGUUCACCCGACUACUACUCUGAAAGGGACAGGUCAUACUCUCCUUACUAUAGAUCGAGGCAUAGAUCCCGAUCAUACUCUCCUUACUAUAGAUCGAGGCAUAGAUCCCGAUCAUACUCUCCUUACUAUAGGAGGCACAGAUCCCGAUCAUACUCUCCAUAUUAUGGAAGAAGGCAUAGAUCACGGUCAUACUCGCCUUACUACAGGAGGCAUAGAUCUCGAUCAUACUCACCAUGUUACGAAAGAAGGCACAGAUCCCGAUCAUACUCUCCAUACUAUGAAAGGAGGCAUCGAUCCUACUCUCGUGACUCUAGGUCCUAUUCCCCUGAGCGCUCAGUUUUGCGAAGUGUCUCUCCAGUAACAAGGAGGAGCUUGAGGAGAAACCCCCCAAGUGUUUCACCAAGGCCAAGAAGAUCAAAAAGGAGCUAUUCACCUAGUGUUUCACCAGAUGUAAGGGGUAGGUCAAGGAGAAGCUAUUCGAGGAGUUUGUCACCUGGGUCAAGGGGAGGAUCAUCAAAGAGGAGCGGCUCUCGAAGCUAUUCAUCCAAGAGAUCAAGGAGGAGCCCUUCUUCCUCAUGCAGUGAAUCACCUCGCCGUAGCAAGAGGAGACAUUCUAGGGAAAGUUAUUCUCACAGCCGCAGUAUGGGUUCAAGAUCUGUUUCAAGUUCUCCUGUGAGGUCUGCGUAAUAGACAGCGAGCUGUGUUGAUCUCUGUGUGGUAUCUUAUCUGAUAGAUAUGAGGUCUGUUCUAAUAAGUUGUCUUGGGUAUGGAGGAGGAACUUGUUAAGCUUUGCUAUAUGCCAAGUUUAAUGUUACUUCUCAUAUUUUCGUGUUUAAUGUUGGAUGCUUUUUUUUAACUUUCUUAGCGUGCUUAUGUAAUUCGAUAUUGAGGAGGAACAAGCUUUUGCUUGCAUUGUAUCAUGUUAUCUGCAUUUUCUGUUAUGGUUA